AAACAAGUUUGAAAAAUUCUCAGAACAAACUCAUGUUUCGAUAAUUUAAUCGAAACAUUAAACUUUCUAAUCAUUAUUUUAGUCGCAAUAGACAUAUAAACUAAAAUCGUGACAAUGGCAAAUAUCGAAAUUGAACCAAGAGAUGUUGGAAAAAUCAUUGGAACUAAAGGUGCAACCAUUAGACAACUUCAAGAUGAUUACAACGUUCGUAUUAACAUUUCGCGAGAAGAAAAUGAAAAUGGUAAGAGAGUCGCUGAAAUAAAAGGAGAUGAAAGAGAUGUUGAAAGAGCUGUAAAUGCAAUUUACGAUCGAUUCAAUCAAGAAGGAGGAGGAAAUGGCGGAUACAAAGGACGUGACGAAUCUGGCGGCUAUCGCAAUAAACGUCGUCAACCAGACAAUCAACAAAGUAAUUAUACUGACAGCUAUAAUUCUCAAGCUUCGAACAGAAUGAAAACUAACGAUGAUGAUGAGUGGGAUAAUGCAAUUCCUAAUACUGAUUUUAAGCCAAGUGCAAACACUUACCAAGUUAGUCGUGAUGAUGACUAUCAGAAACCUCAUCGUGAUAAUGACUAUCAAAAACCUCAUCGAUCAAACUAUCGAUCAGGAAACUCUUCUUCUAACAAUAACUAUCAAAGAUCUAACUACACAAGUGGAAAUCGUUCAAGUUACAGAAAUGUGGAAGAAUUUCCAUCAACUGUUGAGUCAACACAAUCAGAUUUUGAACCCAUCGAUUGGGAUAAAGCAAAUGCUGAAUGUGAAGCAGCUAGAAAAGCUCGUUGGGCCGCUUUGCCAAAUUUGAUAAAGGAUUUUUACACUGAACAUCCAGAAGUAACUGACAUGACUGAAGAAGAAGUUGAUAAAUUCCGCAAAGAAAACAAAAACAUUGUCGUUGGACGAACUUUCGCUGACAAAGAUUCGAAAGAGGAAAUGCCAAAGCCGACAACAAAGUUCGAACAUGCAUUUGAAAAAUUUCCAGAUUUAUUAGCUGAAAUUAAGAAAGCUGGAUUCGAAAAGCCUUCACCAAUUCAAAGCCAAAUGUGGCCAAUCUUGUUAGCUGGUGAAGAUUGUAUUGGCAUUGCUCAAACUGGAACGGGAAAGACUUUAGCGUUCUUGUUACCAGCGUUGAUUCACACUGACGGACAACCACAUCCUCGAGGAAUUAAAGCUCGUGGUGGACCAAAUGUUUUAGUUCUUGCACCAACUCGUGAACUUGCCAUUCAAAUUGAGAAAGAAGUUGGAAAAUAUCAAUUUCGAGGGAUUCGAGCAAUUUGCAUUUAUGGUGGAAAUGAUCGAAACAAGCAAAUUGAAGUUGUUGAAAGUGGAGUUGAAAUAAUUAUCGCAACACCAGGACGUUUGAACGAUCUUGUUGCUGAUGGACACAUUAAAAUUGAUUCUGUCACUUAUUUGAUCCUUGAUGAAGCUGACCGAAUGCUUGACAUGGGCUUUGAACCACAAAUUCGUAAACUUUUAUUGGACAUUCGGGAAGAUCGUCAAACUGUGAUGACAUCAGCAACAUGGCCCAGUGGUGUUCGUCGAUUGGCAGCAAGUUACAUGAAGAAUCCUUUUCAAGUAUUUGUUGGAAGUUUGGAUCUUGCUGCUACUCACACAGUGACUCAACUCAUUGAAAUAAUGGACGAAGAAGAGAAAUUCAAUCGCAUUAUUAAAUUUACACGUGAAAUGAGUGACACUGACAAGGCAAUAAUAUUCUGUGGACGAAAAGAUAGCGCAGAUAGUUUAAGCACUGAGUUCGCUUUGUUGGGAAUCAAUUGUCAAAGUAUUCAUGGAAAUCGUGAGCAAUCUGACCGUGAACAGGCACUUGCUGACAUUAAGAGCGGAGAAGUUCGAAUUUUGAUAGCGACUGACGUUGCAAGUCGAGGAAUUGACAUUGAAGACAUUACUUACGUUGUUAAUUAUGAUUUUCCUCGUAAUAUUGAAGAAUAUGUUCAUCGUGUUGGUCGAACUGGCAGAGCAAAUCGACGUGGAACAUCAUUGAGUUUCAUGACACGUUCCAAUUGGGGAUCGGCAGCUGAAUUAAUUGAAAUUCUAAAAGAAGCUGAUCAGAAUAUUCCCGAAGAACUUCAAAACAUGGCUGAGCGAUUCAAGGCAAAGAAAGAACGUGAAAAGGAAGAAAGAAAUUCCAUUGGUGGAGCAUUCCGUGGAGGCAAUCGAAAUGGUGGACGAGGUGGCGGGUAUGGACAUGGAGGUCGUGACAGAAAUCGUUGGUAAAUAAUGUUCUACAAAAAUAAUUAAUAAUAUGUUCGAACAAAUGAAAAGAACAUAAAACAUCUAAGAAAACCAAAAGUCUGAUAAAAUGAAACUCUUUAUGCUUCCUAGCAAUGGCUGUAAGUUGUUUAAUCAAUGAAAGAAGAAAUAUAAAAAUAUUUUAUGAACAAUUUAAGCAAAAAUAAUAAAGAAAAACUUUUUUUGGAUCUCAUUAAA